AUGGAAGAGCAUGAGCAACAAAGAGCAAGAGCGACAAAAGAGAAAGACAAGAGUGACAAAAAAGAAAAAGCAAGAGUGAUAAAUGAAAGAGCAAGAGCGACAAUAGAGAAAGAAACAAGGAAGCGCGAAGGGCAAGAGCCAGGGGCGCGGGGAGAGCAAGAGCCAGAGCACAGAGAGCAAAGCCCGAGGACGAAGAGGCAAAAGCCAGAGGACGGGGAGAGCAAGAGCCAGAGCGAAGAGGGGAGCAAGAGCCCAAACGAGGAGAGCGGGGGGAGGGGAGCAAGGGGCCGGGGCGCGAGGGGAGCGAGAGCCCGAGCGCGGGAAAAGAGCAAAAGGGCCCAAAACCGAGGGGACAAGAGCCAGGCGGGGAGAGAGGGAAGAAACCAGAGCGCGAAGAGAGCAAGAGCCAGAGCGCAAGAGAGCAAAAAAGCCCGAGCGAGAAAGCGAGGAGAGACCCAAAAGCCCCGAGCGGGAGAGCAAAGACCAGAGCCGGAGAGCGAGGCCCGGGGCGCGAAGAGCAAGAGCCAGAGGGGAGAGAGGGAAAAGGGGCCCGAGCGCGAGGGGAGCAAGAGCCAGAGCCAAAAGACAAGAAAACCCGGAGCGGAGGAAAAGCCCGAGCGCGAAAAGAGCAAGAGCCGAAGGGGGAGAGAGCAAGAGCCAGAGCGGGAAAGGGGAGAAGAGCCCCGAGCGCGGAGAGCAAAAAGCCAGAGCGCGCAGAGAGCAAGGAGCCAAAGCGCGAGAGAGCAAGAGCCAGAGCGCGAGAGAGCAAGAGCCAGAGCGCGAGAGAGCAAGAGCCAGAGCGCAAGAGAGGCCCAAAGCCCGGGGAGAAGACGAGAGCAAGAGCCAAGCGACGAGAGAGCAAGAGCCAAAAGAGAAAGCCAGAGCCCGAAAAGAGCAAGGCCAGAGGCAAGAGACAAGAGGAAAAGCGCAAGAAAAGGGAAGAGCCAGAGCGGAGAGAGCAAGAGCCAGCGCCACCAAUCUGCUGAUUUAGAAAACAAGUUAACUACCACGCCAACAAGCGGCUCUCAACGAAGCCCUAUUCUCGAUCUUUUCCAUCCUUACCAGUGUAUCUGUGAUGAAUUGCUGGUUGUUUCGUAUGAUUAUUGCAACGUCCAUCUGAGUAACUUAGAGAAAGAUAUUAUACUGCCCAUGACAAUGUGGUUUAUUUAUAGCAUGAAUGAACUGUGUCCGCUCUCGCAAUAUUCUAUGCCGCAAGCCACUGACCACACCCCACUAAGGAAAAUAAAAAUAUCCCAGGUUUUCCAAACCACCAUCAAGGGGGAAACCCAAAACAUACUCCAUGGAAGUAAACGACUAGUAUCCCCAGCUCCUUAG